AUGGAUGAUGAUUACAAAACAGAUCUUGUAGGAAACUAUAGAGAAAAUGAAGCAAAUAGCCAAAAUGAGGAAAUGGAUGUAUUUUCUUUCAAUGAUCUUAAUUUUAAAUGUAUUUUUUCGAAAAAUGUCAACGAUCGGAUAGGCAUAUUAAGAGAUAUAAUUUCAUGUUUCGAAUCAGGAGCCAAAUGCUAUCAAUUACCUAAAACAGUCAUAGGAGCAAUUUUCGAUUCAAUUAAAAACCAAGAAUCUCUCGAAUUAUCAAUGCUUUCACUUGAAAUACUAAAUAUAUGCCUUUCUCAAGAUGAAAAACAAAUCAAUCUUUACUUCACACCAAAGAUUUGUGAAGAUUUACAUGAAAUCAUUCAUAAUUCUAAUGAUUUAGACCAAAUUUGUUUAUGUUUCUUAUGUGUUUCUUCAAUAGCAAAAGGUUUUGAGAUGGUAAAAGAUCAAUUGGAAUAUGAAUUUUUUAUUUCCAUAGUUUCACGAGGUUUUGAAAUUGCUUCCUCUUCAGAUGUACCAGAUAAUAAAAGAAAUACUAUAUUGGCCCAUUGUUUGCAAAUAAUCCCAGUACUUUCGGAAAUUUCAAUUCCAAAUGAAAAAUUUGUUGAAUAUAUUAACAGUAUCAUACCAUAUUUAAAGGAUUGUCUUCAAGUAGAAACCCUUAGUUCUGAUACAAUUGUUUUAAUUUCAACAUUUAUUGAGAAAAAAUUUGAAUUAGUUUCAGAUAUCUUUAACAACCAAGAUUUUCUUACAGAUAUCUUUGAUUUGAUCGAAGAUGAUCCAAAGAUCAAUGUGAACAUCAUGAAAUUAGUUCAUAAUCUUGUUUUACAUAAUAUUUACAUUUCUCCUUUUGUAAUUAGUUCUUCAUUCUUCUCAAGCUUCACUGUAUAUGACCAAUCGAAUACUGAAGAGUAUUUACAAGAAGUUUACAAUGUUUUAGGCUGUCUUGUUGAUUCUUUCAACAAAAUUAAAGAUGAUUUCGAAGAUCAAGAGUUAAUUACGUUAGCUGUUAAUAAUAUAGUUGACAGCUGGCCAAACAUUGUUAGUUCUACCUUGGAAUUGCUUGAUAAUUCAUUUUCAGAGAUGAAAACGAAAAUUUCUAAAUUUAUUUGUGGUUUAUUACAAAUUGGAGGACAAAUAAGUGCAAUAACAUUAUGUGGUAAUAAUGAAUUGAUUGAUAAACUUGUAGAUGCUGCAGAAGGAUCAGAUAAAGAAACUGCUUUAUUAGUUAUUAAACAACUCAUAAAUUUAGUUAGUUUCAAGACAGAAACAUUCACCGGACAGUCAUUUCAGAAGAGUAACUUCUUCCAACCAGUUUUUCUCAGUGAAGAAUUUCAGAGUAAAAUUGAUGACUUGGAGGAACAGUUUGAAGAUGACGAAAAGUUUUGUGCUGCUGUUGAUGUACUAAGAAACGCUGUUAUUGAGCUAAGUGAGAAUCCAGAUGAACCAAUUAACCAAAUUGGACUUCCUGAAAUUCAAAUUGAUAUAUAA